AGAUGGAAGAUGUCUUUGGACUUUCCACUGCUCCCGGGCUUUCUGUCUGUCUUUGGGGUGUUCUUCUGCUUGCCAGCCGCUGUACAUGGAAGCUACCGAUUUCAGUCACAAACCUCAAGUGAAGACAGCCAGCAACUUCUCAGACGGAUAUGGAAUCAUAUUUCAUUAGGAUUGUACUGAUUUCACUUAGUGGAUGAAUGAAAAGGCGACUUCUACACAUUUUUGGCGGUCAGACCAGCAGAUCCGAAAGCAAUUUGUUGGUUAUAACCAGAUGUUUUACUGCUGAUUUUAUGGCUUCAUAGUUAUAUCAUAAAACGGUGUCAUCGCUCACAAGAAGAAAAAAAGGAUGCAUUCUUGGUUCCUGCAGGUGACUGUUGGUUCUUCAGCUGAAUGACAUACUAAAGGAGCUUUUAACCUCUACAAUUCAUGCACAGGACGCUGAUGACAUUUGGUACUUUCGUGUGUGACCUCUAGGGAAACAACAGUGAAAAGCCGCCCUAUGGACUAGCACUGGCCACCAAUAAUGCCAGUUGCUAUACGCAAGAGAAGUUGGGAGGAUCAUGUGACUCACCCCUCAGGAUUACAAUAUAGCUACGAUGAUCUGGACCUGAUUUGUUGCCAUGGUGUUGACAGCGAGGGGCUUUGGAAAGUUUCAGCCGCCUGCAAGCACGGCCGGUGGACAAGGUGCGCCUCCAUGCCGGAGGGUUGCCACCAACUGCUCACAGAUGAGCCGGCUCAGAGGCCGGAUGUGACCACCUGUGGAGUACACGAUGGUAUCCAUUCAGAGCAUGUGAAGUUAACAAACAUUAUUAAAGCUCCACUUGAGAAGAAGUUUGUUUGCAGCCCGCACAAAUGCCUGGUUGUGCCGCUAAGGAGUACCGACCACCUUAACGCAGCAAGCCAUUCUGACUGUAUUUCUCAAAGUGAAAAAAGCAGUGCCAUUAUUUUCUGUGCAAAUGACAAAAGCGCUCAGAAAACUGUUGAUGGUCAAGAUGCAACUGACACAGAGAAUGAUGGUGAUGUCUUUAAAAAUUCGCAUAUCUCUCGUGACAAGCAACAAUGCAUCUUUAUUUCUUCAAACAAUGGGCCUCCACUGUCACAAUCUGCUGCUGGACAGCCUGGCGAACUUCCAAAACAUUUGCACACAAAGGAGGGACAUACAGAUAGUUACAGCAGACAUGAAAUCUCAGAGUCCACACUGAAGUCGUGCUCGGCUGCUCAACGAGAACCUCAGAAUGACCUCCCAGAUGUUGAGGAAGUGAUUUCCAUCUCUGGCCAUGCAGGCACAGCGAUAACCUUGGAUGUUGAUGUGUUCAGUCCACUCAGUAAAAUGGAUAGUCUUCUUGUGAUGUCAUUGGCUAACAAUACUGCAGAGUGUAGUGUGACCUCAGCGGGACAAGGAAAAUGUGACAAAGGAGCAAUUGAAACCUGGACAUCAGAUUCAUUUGACAAACUAGCUGGAUUAAAUGACCCAGAAACGUUAAAUGAAAAGUCAGGGAAUGAACAGCUUUCCAGAGACAUUCAAGAAGGCAAGCGGAACGCUGCUGGAGCAUGUGAUCAGGACCCUGGUUGUGAAAUAUCCUUCCAGACUCUGGUGGAGCAGCGGGACUCUGAAACAAGAGCAAUCAAAAUGUCUCAGGGGGAGGAAAGUAGAAAUGGCGAAAACAGCGAAAAAUCUGAAGAUGUCAGGUUUGGGCCAAUCAUAUCACCUGAUAUUUGUGUCAAAGUUCAGCCUUACUCAGUCAACAAUACAGUGCCAUGUGAGCAACAAGGCUCGGUAAGGUCAGAAGAAGACUGCACAGAGAAAAUUCCUAUUCAAGAAGUGGAGCCCAACUUGACUAUGGAGGCUGCAAGUCAGACAAACAAAGAUUUUGAUGAAACUUCUUUAUCAUUGGAAACUAUUCCAAUUGUGAACCAGGUUGAGGCUAGUUGUAUUGGUGCACCUACUUCAAAAAAAUUGACCAAAACUAUCUGUUGCCAGGAGGUUGAAGAAUAUAUAGCGACUGAAAAACAGCACCAAAACCUGCUUCCACUCUCGGCAGAGGUCAACAAUGCGCUCUCGCUGGAGGGACUCCAUGGCAACGAAGCCACUGGUUGCCUCAGUGAGUCACCUGGCUCUGAGGUGGCAGAUGGUCAGAGGGAACCCCAUACGCAAGUGGUCAACUCGAGAAUGGAGCAGAUGAACAAAGCUACGCAGGAGAGCAUACUCUGUGACACGUCCCUUGUCAAUCAGGUUUUUGAUGAGACGUGUGAGUCUGGAGUUCAGAAGGAGGAGCAGGUGGUCAAGGUACGCAUUAAGAAGAGAGACCAUGCUCGUCUGGAUUCGAUGGUGCUGCUAAUGAUGAAGCUGGACCAGUUGGACCAGGAAAUUGAAAAUGCCUUGAGUGCCAACUCUUCCAUCGGCAGCACCCCCACACUCCGUCGGCGACGACAACUGGACUUUGAUCUGGGAUCUGUAGCUGUAACAUCAAUCAUGCAGCAAAGCCAUGCAAAUGUUCCAGCUUCAGGCACCCCAACACUCCUUGGAGCAAAACCUAAGAGUGGUACUACUGCAAUUCCAAAGAAGACAAAAGCAGAAAUCGAAGCCAAAGAGGCCUGUACCUGGCUCCGAGCAGCAGGCUUCCCACAGUAUGCCCAGCUUUAUGAAGAUGCCCAGUUCCCCAUUGACAUCUCCUCAGUCACCAGGGAUCACGACUUCCUUGAUCGAGAUGCCAUUGAAGCUCUCUGCAGAAGGCUCAACACACUCAACAAGUGUGCUCUAAUGAGACUGGAGAUAUCACCGCAAAGAAAAAGGAGUGAAGACUCCGAUGAGGAUGAACCUUGUGCCAUCAGUGGCCGCUGGACGUUUCAGAGAGACAGCAAACGCUGGUCCCGGAUGGAGGAAUUGGAGGUUUUCUCCUCAUUGUACACAGAUGGUGCACAACCACCUCCAGCUAAGGACCAAGUAUCAAAAAAGACCAAGCUGGCACUAUGCGAGGGAAACAGUUCGGAAAGUGUGUUGACAGAUCUCAGUGAGCAGCCUGAAGUAGGUUCCAUCCAUAGCAGUGGUAGUGGCGGAAGAGCAGAAGAGAAAAGUCAUGACACCGCCCUUCUUUUACCAAAUGAAUCCAUUCCUGUCGGAGCCACACGUGCAAGUUCUGUGGCAAGCAUGUGUUCGUCGUCGGGCACAGGUGGGUCAGUUUGUGCAAAUGAGGACUCACUUUCUGAUGGGAUGCCUCCAUCACCCUUGGAGACACUCGGACAGUUCACCUUCGAUCUGAAAAUGGGAGAACUCGGUGGAAGUUUGGAUCGUGGUGGUGGCAGCGGUAAAAGCACACGCUCACGAGCCAAGAGCUUCCUUAAGAGGAUGGAAAGUCUCCGUCUACGCAGCGGCACCACCUCCAAGAGAAAGAAAAAAGGAAAUAUUAGUGGUGGAAAGAUAGAAAUCAGCGGCCCUGUUAUCAAGGAGGGUCUUGAUGAUGACAAGUUGCGGCGACUCAAUUGUGUGGAUAUCCCAAGUCUCAACCUCAACCAGAACCUUAAUCGCCAGCCGACUCAGACUAUGACACUUAACAGGAAUCGUUCUGUAUCCUACUCGACUCAGACUAGCAAUGGUAGUACUGGAAGCACUGGCAGCAGCCAAUCAGAGGCCAGCAGCGGUAGUGCGGUCAGCACACCCAGCCCAGUGACCCGUGCUCGGAGCCACAGCACUGCGGCAGGCUCCGGUAAGAGAGGGGGCAUGUACUUGGAAGGAUUUGAUCCUUUCAGCAUUCUCCAGCAAGCAUCCGAUCAACAGCCGACGCCAACGCCCAAAUCAGCCCCGCCUAUUCCGUGCCAAGCAAAUAUUGAUAUGAGCAUCGAUGAGCAGAACCGGAGAAACAACCACAAAAUUCAAGAGAACGGCAGCCACGCAGAGGAAGAAGACGAAGCCAGGAUCUUUUUCUUUUUACCAGAAGGUCACAAGCCAGGCACUUUCCCCAAAGCUCUGCAAGAUGGAAGUUCUUGCAAUAACAACGCUAAUGAGAACGGGAACUCCGUGAUCCUAAGAGGAAGGCAAAGUAGACGCCUGCGUCGAGCCUCUUCUGGCUCAGUGGACAGCCGUCUCAGUUUUUAUGAUAACGUCCCAUACAUUGAGCGAGACGAGGCCGGCGACGGGGAUGAACAAAAACUGGAGGAAGUUCUCCAACAUGUGAGCGGCUUACAGCGCUUCGUCAACGCCUGGUCUGAGGCUGUGGCGGCCGGUGAGGAGGAAGAUGAGGAGGACGAGGAGGAAGAGGAAGGAGACUCGGACUCUGCUUUGGACUCUGCUUCGCCUUGCCCCUCCUCUCCUCUGCAGAACCGUCUAGAAGAAACUGAGAAUGGAAGUGACCAAGACAGCACCGGUAACCCACUGGGGGAGGGUGAUGAAGGGAUGAGGGAGAGGAGGGACUCUGGUGUUGGAGCAUCACUAACUAGAACCAGCAGGCCACAAAAACUCCGCUGGUUGAGCUUCCAUAACUCCCAUCGGCCCAGCUUGGCCUCCGCCCAGCUCCAGAUUAGCUGCCAGUCUGUGCUGCAGAUGAAUCUUCUUCAGAAGCUGUCCUUGCUGCAGCUCACCGCCCUGCUGGAGAGGCACACCCCAACAAACAAACAUGGUUUUAGCUGGGCUGUUCCAAAGUUUAUGAAGCGGAUGAAAGUGCGCGACUACAAAGGCAGGAAUGUGUUCGGUGUUCCGCUGCUAGUCAUCGUCCAGCGUACUGGUCAGCCUCUCCCUCAAGGCAUCCAGCAAGCGAUGCGCUACUUGAGAAACCAGUGCUUGGAUCAGGUGGGUCUUUUCAGAAAGUCCGGCGUGAAGUCACGUAUCCAAGCUCUGCGUCAGAUGAACGAAGCCAGCGGGGCCGAUGGGGGCGGGGUCAGCUACGAGGGUCAGUCAGCCUAUGAUGUGGCUGACAUGCUCAAGCAGUACUUCCGAGAUUUGCCCGAACCGCUGCUCACCAGCAAAUUGUCCGAGACCUUCCUUCAAAUAUAUCAAUACAUGCCCAAAGAGCUUCGCCUCCAGGCCGCCCGUGCCGCUGUACUGCUGCUGCCCGACGAGAAUCGCGAGGCUCUGCGGACGCUGCUGUGCCUGCUGAGCGACGUGACGGCUAGUGUUGGGGAGAACCAGAUGACGCCUACCAACCUGGCCGUCUGCUUGGCGCCGUCCGUAUUUCAUCUCAACACCCUGAGGCGCAAGGAAAGCUCAUCACCAAGGGUGAUGAACAGGAAGCAGACUUUGGGAAAGCCGGACCAGAGAGACUUGAACGAGAACCUAGCUGCAACCCAUGGCUUAGCGCACAUGAUCCAGGAGUGCAGAAAACUUUUCCGGAUCCCUGAGGAGAUGAAUCGCUGUAGGAAUUCCUACGUUGAGCAGGCGUUGCUUCCACGACCUUUGGAGGAGCUGUCGGGUAACGACAGUGGACGAGGAGGCUACCGGUCGUACCUGCGUGACAGCCUUGACGCUCUCCUUAAAGAGGCCAAGGACAAGUUUAAAGGUUACGACAGCUUCUCUACCCCCGAGCAAGCUGAGCUGGCCUAUCGGAAGGUACAUGAUGGUUACCCAUUAAGGCUGUGGAAGGUGACCGUGGAGGUACCCGCAGCCCCAGAGGAGGUCCUCAACCGACUGCUCAGAGAGCAGGCGCGCUGGGAUGACGACCUGUACGAGAGUCGGGUGGUGGAAACCCUGGACGAGAGGACCGAGGUGUACCAGUACGUCCGGAACACCAUGGCCCCCCAUCCAAUGAGGGACCAUCUGGUGCUCAGAACCUGGAUAACAGACUUGCCGAAGGGCGCGUGUGCGCUGGUGUCUACAUCGGUGGAUCACAGUGCGGCGCCUGUGGUGGGAGUGCGCGCUAACGUUCUCCUGUCACGCUACUUUAUCGAACCCUGCGGAGCCAACAAGUCUCGGCUUACGCACAUUUCCAGAAUGGACUGCAGGGGUCGCUUCCCGGAGUGGUACAACAAACUGCACGGACACUUGUGUGCUGCCGAAGCAGUGCGGAUCCGCGACUCUUUCACGCUGCCUACGGACAAAUGAGACGGACUUCAUUCCUCAUUCCAAACACAGGACAAAGCUCGGCUCCUGGAUUUGAAGGACUUUUUUUUUUCGCCUCAACCAUAUUAUUGUUACCUUUUAAAAUGCCAUCUGAGUAUUUAUGUAGGCCAAAGAACAUUGAUGAGAUGGGAUGUGAGGCUUUACCCAAAGACUGCUAUUGCUUCUGAGAAGCAAAGGUGACUGCAUGUGUAAUGAGACCAACCAAUAGAUAAGGUCAACGUAUUCCAGUGUACAUAUAUACACUACUCUUUUCACACUUAAUAUUAAUGCUUUCUGUCCGUCCUUUUUUUUUUUUUUUUGUCUCUGUUACAACGCGCAGGGGGAAGUGCAUACAAUAUUUAUGAUGUCGUGCGGAUUGAUGAGCGCUCGGUUGAAGGAAGAUGUGAAUGUGCUGGGAUGGAGAGGAGAGGAUACACUUUUAAUUAUUUAAAAACUGUUAAAUUUACGGUACAGCUGUGGUUGCCAGAAUUUUACUGUUUUCUUGUUGUUUUCUUCCAGAAAAUAAUGGUCCGAAAAAUACGGUCCAGUGGUACCUCUACUUGCGAAAUUAAUUGGUUCUGGAAGUAGUCUCUUAACCUGAAGAUUCUAUAAGUCAGUGCUUAUCUAUUUUCUGUUACACCCAACCCCAGAAAGACGUAAACGUUUCUUGCCCCCCCCAACUCUCUGCCGUCGCUGUAAAUAGUAUCAUUUGUCUAUAAAAAAUAUUAUAAGUACAAGCGGUGUUACCAGGAUGUCAGGUGUGGGUGGGCAGUAGUCUCAACUAGGUCGAAAUCCAGCGUAGGGCUACUGUCCCUUAAAACAUGUUUUGUUUUCUCCUUAAGAUAACUUGUUGUGAUUUGGUCAAAACAAAAGUUGAUUUGAUUUUAUUUGACUUGGAACACAUCCAUAAUUGAACAGUAUGGACAUGCAGGGGACAAUGUUUUUUUAGGUAACCUAUUGUGGUUCCUUGGUUUUAUUAUUAUCGGUAUUGUUUGUUUCGCAGCCCCUUUGAGCUCAAUCUGACCCCCUUAGAAUGCUUCAAAAUGCACCAAAAUUGGCAGGCAGGUGCAAGACAGGUGCAAUCUUUGAUACCGUGUAAAGACAAAUUCCAGAUACACUAUGUAGCGCCCCCUAGCAGUCAUUCUUUGUCCCGCCGACGCUUUGAGCCCUACUUUGACCCCCUCAGAAUGCUUCAAAACUCACCAAACUUAACAGCCAAGUGAACACUGGUGAAAACUUUGAUAAAAUGUAAAAAAAAUAUAUAUAUAUCAAAAUAUGCGUUAAUAUGUGUAGCGCCCCCUAUGAACAAAACCAACAUUACAUUCCAUUUUUUUUUCUUUUUUUUUUUUUUUUUUUAGGGCUGUCAAAAUUAUCGCUUUAACGGGCGUUAAUUCAUUUUUUUAAUUAAUCACGUUAAAAUAUUUGACGCAAUUAACACAGAUGCCCCGCUCAGACAGAUUUAAAUAACAGCACAGUGAAACGCUCACUUGUUGUGUUAUAUGGAGUUUUGCCGCCCUCUGCUGGCACUUGGUUGCAACUGAUUUUAUAGGCUUCAGCACCCAUGAGCAUUGUGUAAGUAAUUAUUGACGUCAACAAUGGCGGGCUACUAGUUUAUUUUUUGAUUGAAAUUUUUACAAAUUUUAUUAAAACGAAAACAUUAAGAGGGGUUUUGAUAUAAAAUUUCUACAAUUUGUACUAACAUUUUUCUUUUAAGAACUACAAGUCCCUCUAUCCAUGGAUCGCUUUAACAGAACGUUAAUAAUGUUAAUGCCAUCUUGUUGAUUUAUUGCUAUAAUAAACAAAUACAGUCCUUAUGUACCGUAUGUUGAAUGUAUAUAUCCAUCUUGUGUCUUAUCUUUCCAUUCCAACAAUAAUUUACAGAAAAAUAUGGCAUAUUUUAUAGAUGGUUUGAAUUGCGAUUAAUUGCGAUUAAUUGCAAUUAAUUAAUUUUUAAGCUGUAAUUAACUCGAUUAAAAAUUUAAAUCGUUUGACAGCCCUACUUUUUUUUUUAAAGGUGAAAGAGGAGGUAACAAGGCAAAGGUUAAAACUUAGAACACAUCAGUACUGUAUGAAUGGGAUACCAUACGCGGUGCCCAGACUGCCGUUAGCACUACAUCCAGUUUUCGUAGGGUGGGCAGAGCGUGUCCGUGGGUGGGCACUGCCCCCGGUAAUGCCCCUGAUAAGUACACUUCAUAACAUUGUGUCCUUUUCAAUAUUAGAGAAAAAAAUAAUAUCGAUCAACUUCCUUUAUUUAAAAACAAAUUUAAGACUUAAAGCACAUCAAUUUGCCUGAUUUAAAAAAAAAAGAUCACAUCCAAACUAAAAAUACACUAUGCCACCUUAUAUGAUGCUAAUAGUGCUUGCUGGUUUACUAAUGGAACACUGCAAGACAUAUGUCUUUAAACUAAUGUCUUUAAGUGACAUCUUAAUUGAUUUGGCUUCCUGCGGUCCGCUGCAAACAUUUUUAGACACAUUUAACAGACUGGUAUUUCCUCAUCUCCCACUGUGGUAAAAGUCAAAGCCAAACGCUACAUACGCUUUGUCAUAUUUCCUCUUCUUAGCUCUUCAUAUCUCCAGUGCUCUUUGCUGUGUGCUCUUGUUUGGUUUAAAAAUACUGUGCACACUCUGAAAAUGAGAGCACCACUGCCACCCACUGAAUGGAUGUGCAAUUACAUUUAUUCUAGUACGGCAUCACUGUGCACCCUCGUGGGGCGGCACUAUUUGAGAAGUAGAGACGCGUUUUCCAUGUAAAUGCCCUAAUCCGUUCCAAUCCCACCCCCCACACCCUAAAUUCAGACAUUAGUAAAUCUUUUGUAAUGCAUAAAAAUGCAUCAAAACGUAAUUAAUAAAUGUUACAGUUAGAUUAUUGCACAAUAAACAUAAAAUCUGAGCUGUCAUCAUGAAUAAACUCAUACAAUAGGUUAAUACAAUCAGAAUAAAUUCAGAAUAAAUUCAUACAAUCAUGUAAAGCUGUCGGACUACGAGGGGUGAAUGAAGAGGACGCUGGGAUACACUCAUACGCAUACAGUAGAGGUCCCUCUUAGCUAAUUGGAUGCUAGGCAACAGCCAAUGGAAAAGCAGUAAACUCUGUUCAGUAAACUGAUACACUGUAUUUUUGCCUUUUGUAUCCUGAAAUUUCUUUCUUAACAAGAGGCAAUAUUUUCCCAUUGAGGUGUGUCUUAACCUGACAAUUCUGUAUGUAGAGACGUUCUUAAGUAGAGGUACCACUGUAUUAAUAGUUUUUUUUUUUUUUUUUUUUUUUUUUUUUUUUACAUUGUGAUCCAUACAUAAUGGGUUACUACAGUCCUUUUCUAGUUAUUCCUCAAUAGGUAAUCGAACUAACACCAUCAUCUCGGCACUUGAGUGUGCUGACAAGUGAGCUACUGAAGACACGUUGGGGCAACUGCUGUGCAUGUGGAAGGUUAGAAGGACUUUAUGCUGGCUGCCAAAGCCAGACUUGGAAACUGUCUCAGCAGUCAGCACAUUUGACUGCCAGGUUGAUGGUGCAGUAAUGGGUUUUUUUUUUUUGGUUUUUGUCAAUUUGACAGUAAUAUUUUUUGCGUUUUUGCGUUUUUUUUGGGGGGGGGUUUCCACGUUCCAUAUCUGGCAACCACAGCUGCCAAUAUUAUACCGUAAAUUUAGCUGUUUUUUUUGGUUUGUUUGUUUUUUUUUACAGUGUAUCAAGCGGUGGCUGGCUCACCAAAAGCAGCCGAAAGCAUCGUGAAACCUACCUUAAUAUUCUAUUAAAAUGAAUGAUUCAUGUUGAAGACCAACAGACACAAACGGACCAAAUCUCAGAAGAUGUAUCUUUCCAGUCUUUUCCAUAGCACAAACUUAACUCUACUUCCACACACGUUGCAAGUUCCGAGAAUCUUUACUGUCACAGUGCAUGAAAACACAACACGUUAAACAAAUAGAAAAAAAUGGCAAGAGAAAAUGUCCUUUUAUAAAGGUGGGAAUUUUACAGGUUUUACUGUAAAAAUGAGGGCAGAUUGCAUGUUAGUGUGCUUUUACCAAAAAAGGAAGGAAGACAAGCUUCUCUCUGUAUUAGUUGUUCACUUGUUUUAACACCGCUCUAUAGCAUACUUCACUUCAACCAUUGUCCAUAUCUUUCACGUAACCGUGUCGCUCUACCAAAUAAUAACACGUGAAAAUGACCGUUAAUUUAAAACAAAUAUAUUUAUACCUCAGAUAUAUGUUUGUUUUGUAUCGUUUUGUUGUAUUGUAUUGUAUUGUAUUGUAAAUGUAAAGCUCUGUUCCGGAAACGAAAAAAAAAAAUGCUUUAUCUUUUUUAAUAAUAUUAUUUCUGUACAGGUUAAUCAAAGUGCACUAUUAAAUGUAUUAAAAUAAACAGUUUGCUCGUAUUUCUGACAGGUGUACUGGGUAACCACUCUCCUAAUAAUUCUUCUUAAUCUCUUCAAUAAUUUUUUUGCUUGUUCCGAUCAAGCAGCGGAUUAUUGUUAUUGCAUUUAUGUCCAGCUAUGCCAGUUAAGUCCCACUCGGGCCAUCGUGGAGCUGAGGGGAAGCGGGUACAGGCCUCUGCCUUUCGACCCGCUGUUCUCAGUCGUUCCUUACAUAACAUGUAUGGCACUUUCAUAUUGCGCAAGACAAAAGGGUCCUUUGUACCACAGUUGCUUAAAAGCCUGUAGAUGACCCGACCAGAAUUGGAGGACAUUUUGGCUUUAUAAUUGUCGAAAAAUAAGUCUUCACUUGUCUGGUUUUCUGCUACAUAGUCAUCAAAAUUCGGUAAUAAAAUAUCAAAAGCUUGUUUAUCCAAUCGUACAGCAAAAUGAUACAUUUUUAUUACAUGAUUUAUUUGAUAUUUAAAAUAUUGUGUUGUCAGUAACGCGUUACUAUACUGUAAUCUGAUUACUUUUUUCAGUAACGAGUAAUCUAAUGCGUUCAUUUUUCCAAGCCAGUAAUCCGAUUAAAGUUAGUUUCCCUAGUGCCUGUGUGUUACUAUUUUGUUUUUGCCUCAUAAUGUAUGUAGAAUGAAGAAUACUGUAGUCAUGUACGAAGAGCAUUUCUCAUCGGGGGGUCACGUGUAUUACGAUGCUGUUUGAGGCUGUCUGCCACGACGGUCAACAACAUAGCAUUCUGAUGAGGGAGCGAGGCUAACAGUGAAAGGCAGGAUACAUACCGCAAAUGGAGGCCUUUGCUCACUGGAAAUACAGCCAUU